AUGUCCCAGUUCUUUGUGGAGGUCCUACAAGACCCGUCAUUUACCAGACCGCCUGAGCUGGACAGGGCGCACAGGGCUUUGAGAGCAAAACCCGCAGACAACGAAAAGCCAAGGCCAAUGCUUGUCCGCUUCCUGCGCUUCCAGGAGAAGGAGCGGGUUCUUGCCAUUGCACGGAAAAAGGGGCAGCUGCUUUACAACGGUGACAAGAUUUUUAUCUUCCCAGAUCUCAGCGCUGAGCUUACCAAGAAGCGGGCAGCUUUCAAUCCAGUCAAGUCCAAGCUUUACCAAAGGGGAGUCAAGUUCUUUCUCCGCUAUCCCGCUGUCCUCUGUGUUACGUACGAGCAAAUGGAUUACAAAUUUGAAUCUGUAGCUGCUGCCGAAGAUUUCUACAAGCAACAUCUAUCCGGGGAUGCUUAA